AUGCUUCCUCUCUUCAACAAAGUACUUCCUCUCUUCAUCAAGAUGCUUCCUCUCUUCAUCAAGAUGCUUCCUCUCUUCAUCAAGAUGCUUCCUCUCUUCAUCAAGGUGCUUCCUCUCUUCAUCAUGCAGCUUCCUCUCUAA